UGAAUAUAGCCAGGGGAGAAGCACGGUCCGAAAAGCGAGUUAUCCCCCUUGUCAAAAAUUAGUAGGUUCGAAUUUUUUAAUCUUCUGUGAUUUUGCUUCAAUUUAAAAAGUAUUUGUAUGCCUCGCUAUAUUGUAGCCGAAAUUAGAAUCUAACAUGAUUAAAUUAUUUUCACUUAAACAAGCGAAAAAAGAUGGCGAAUCACCAAGGACAGGAACUCAGAAAAAGGCCUCUGCAGCGCAGUUAAGGAUCACGAAAGACAUAAACGAACUCAACCUGCCAAAGACAUGUGGCACAGAAUUUCCAGACCCAGAUGACCUCUUGACUUUUAAACUAAUAAUCUGCCCCGACGAAGGUUUCUACAGAGGCGGAAGAUUCGUCUUCAGUUUUAAGGUCGGUCCAAACUACCCACAUGAACCUCCUAAAGUAAAGUGCGAAACACAAGUCUAUCAUCCAAACAUUGACUUGGAAGGCAAUGUUUGCCUCAAUAUUCUUAGAGAAGAUUGGAAACCUGUAUUGACAAUAAACUCGAUUGUUUACGGCCUUCAGUAUCUCUUUCUGGAACCGAAUCCUGAAGAUCCGUUGAACAAAGAUGCGGCGGAGGUGUUACAAAACAAUCGAAGAGUAUUUGAACAGAAUGUGGUAAAAGCAAUGCGAGGUGGAUACGUAGGGUCACUUUAUUUUGAACGGUGUCUCAAGUGAUACACUGCCUCCUCACCAAUGCUGUAUACAAUCCUGCAAAGACUCAGACUUAGAGGAGGAGAAAUACCAAGAGACUGGAGAAACGGAGGAGAACACAGCGUGCUAACGGUUACCUGUGUGUCUGCUUUAUACAUAUUUACGUUCUUCACGUCUUGCCAGGCCUCCAAACAUUUAAUCCAUCAAGUAUUUUAUGCUUUUGGCUAAUAAACUUACUUAAAUCUUCACAACGUAUAGUUCACUAAAUAGAAGAAACCAAAAAUUUUCCUUGACAGCAGUUUGCGUCGUUUAAUUAAAUAACAGCAACUGCACAAGCUUUAAAAAUUGGGUAGAUGCAAUACGGUGGAAGCUGCUGAUCCUAAGCUUCGAGUUUUUCGAUAGCAAUGAGAGAAGGACACCUUGAAAGCAAAAUAAGUUCAUAAGGGGUGCAAAACAACUGGUUGAUGAUGGCGAUGUAACGAAGACUUCCAGUUUUCAAAGAACAGGGGUUGAAAUAGUUGAGUAGAAUAUUCAC